AUGGGUUUCUUUGGGAAGAGGGACGCUUCUGGCGACACGGCGGGUAACGUCGAUGCCAUUGUCGAGGCUCCAGGGUCCGACCCUGAGAAGCAACAUGUCGCACACGAUGAGGAAUCUCACACGGCACUUCCGCAAGUCCUCCGGACGGUCGCCAUUGACCCCGCUGUUGAAGCCCGUUUGGUGAGAAAGUUGGACUUGAGAGUUCCGACUCUUUUAGGGUUCCUAUAUCUUCUUUCCCUCCUGGAUAGGAGCAACAUCGGAAAUGCCAAAAUCGCAGGAAUGGAAGAAGACUUGCAUCUUACUGGCAGUCGCUAUACAUGGCUCUUGACCAUCUUUUACAUAUCCUACACAUUGUUUGAGUUCUUGGCUUUGAUGUGGAAAGUCAUGCCACCCCACAGAUGGGCAGCCAUCACAGUCAUGACCUGGGGCAUUGUUGCAACCUGCCAGGCUGCGACGCAGAGUUGGGGUGGGAUGAUGGCCUUGCGCUUUCUGCUUGGAAUGUCCGAGGCAGCCUUCGGGCCCGGCUCUCCCUACCUGCUAUCGUUCUUCUAUCGUCGCCAGGAACUCGGCCUCCGUUGUGGUAUGUUCUUGUCAGCUGCUCCUCUGGCAAAUUGCUUUGCCGGGGCUCUCGCCUAUGGGAUCACCUCUGGACAUGCCAAGAUCGCCAAUUGGCGGUUAUUGUUCAUUGUCGAGGGGAGCCCGUCGCUCUUGGCAGCCUUCCUGGCAUGGUUCUACUUGCCCGAUCACCCCGCAUCUGCUCGAUUCUUGACCGAGGAGGAGAAGGCAGUGGCACGCGCCCGAUCGUUGCGACGUAGUGGUGAAAGCGAGCGGGUUACCGGCAUUAACUGGAAGGAACUGUGGCAGACCUUGUGGGAUGCCAAGGCAUGGCUCACUGCAUUGAUGUACUUCAGCUGCAAUGUGAGCUUCUCAUCGCUGCCUGUCUUCCUUCCCACGAUCCUUGAAGACAUGGGGUUCACCUCGAUCAACGCUCAAGGCCUCACUGCUCCACCAUUUUUUGCCUCGUUUCUCGUUACAAUUGCCACUACCUGGCUGGCCGAUCGGAUUCAGCAGCGAGGCUUGGUUAUCGCUCUAUUCUCGCUAAUCGGUGCGAUCGGAUAUGUGCUGCUUGCGACCUGUACCUCUGUUGGUGUGCGCUACUUUGGCGUGUUCCUGGCUGCUGCCGGAGUUUUUCCUUCGAUCGCAAAUAUACUUCCUUGGGUCCUGAAUAAUCAAGGCUCGGACAGCCGACGCGGAAUGGGUAUUGUCAUUCUCAACAUCAUCGGCCAAUGUGGUCCCUUCUUGGGAACCAAUGUCUUCCCAUCGAGCGACGCGCCCCGCUAUAUUCGGGGGCAGUCGAUCUGCGCGGCCUUUAUGUUCUUCACUGUGAUACUUGCACUGUCUUUGCGAACAUUGCUGGUCUGGGAGAACCGCCGUCUGGACAAGCAGUAUGGUACUGCGGCCGAAAGGGCUGAGAGAGCGACUUCAAAGGAAAGCUUUGCUUUUGGAGAGGAAAAUUAUGGCGCAGAAUAUCGAUACGUACUCAACGGCAUCCGUUUCUCUAUAACAAACCUUUCUCCUUCCUCCGCUCGAAUUAUGCCGAUAGUAUUUCAAGACCGAGCAGGAAUAUCCCUCUACGAUGCCCAAUUCACCAACUCAGAAGGCACCCGGGGUCCGAUCCCCCCGCACAUCAUAGACCAAGUUGUGGAGCGCCUAGCGCAAUUUCAUAUCACCUGUGCUGAUUUCCAAGUCCCGAGGGAGAAUAUCUACGUUCUGGCGACGGAGGCGACCCGGACGGCGCCGAAUUCGAAGGAGCUUCGGACGCGGAUUAAAGAGGUUACGGGGUGGGAUGUUACGUUGUUAUCGAAGGAGGAUGAGGGGAGGAUUGGGGCUCUGGGGAUAGCGAGUAGUUCUGCUUCGGUGGCGGGGAUUGCGAUGGAUUUGGGAGGGGGGAGUACCCAGAUUACGUGGGUGAUGGAACGGGAUGGGAAGGUGACGACGAGUCCGAAGGGGUCGUUUAGUUUUCCGUAUGGGGCGGCGGCGUUGAUGAAGAGGUUGGAGAAGGGGAAGAAGGCUGGGAAUGAGUUGAAGGAGGAGAUGACGAGGGGAUUUCGGGAUGCAUAUCGACGGCUGGAGCUUCCGGAGGAGUUGUUGGAGAUGACGAGGAGUCGAGGCCGGUUUGAUUUGUAUCUCUGUGGUGGGGGGUUCAGGGGUUGGGGGUAUGUGCUGAUGAAGCAGUCCAAGGUUGAUCCGUAUCCGAUUCCCAUUAUCAAUGGGUUUAGGGUCAAGAGGGAGGAUUUUCACGAUACGGUGGGAGUGUUGGAUGUGGUUUCGGACCCGGAUGAGAAGAUCUUUGGCGUGUCGAAGAGACGCGCAUCGCAGAUUCCGGCUGUGGCGGUUCUCGUGAAUGUGAUUAUGGAUGCGUUACCGGCGAUUACCCAUAUUCAGUUCUGUCAGGGGGGUGUCCGUGAAGGCUAUCUCUUUGAUCGACUGCCGAGUGAGGUUCGGGCACAGGAUCCCCUGUUGGCUGCGACGUUGCCGUAUGCGCCUCCUUCUGUGGACGCGAUCAGGGAAUUGCUCCAGUCGACGCUGCCGACGGCAUCUUCGCCCAUCGGGUCGUUUCACCCUCCGCCUUCUUUCACCUCGAACUUGAUUGCGGCGAUUGCGAACCUGCUCUAUGCCCAUUCGCAAGUCCCGCGGGAAUCGCGCUCAGCGGCGGCGUUGCACAGCACAACCACAGGCAUUCUGGCCUCGACGAACUGUCUCUCGCAUGUUGAACGAGCUCUGAUUGGACUUGUGCUCUGUGAGCGUUGGACUGGGGACCUCGCACCCAUGGACCAGGCGUAUCAUCGGCAACUGUCCCGGUGUCUGUCCGCGAAGGAGAUAUGGUGGUGUCAGUAUCUGGGCCGGGUGGCUGUCAUCGUUGGGGAUGUGUAUCCUGCCGGUCGGGUGUCGGAAACACACUGGCGGAUCUGUUUCGAAACGGGGUGGGAGUCUAUCGUGAAGAAGAAAGAAACCUGCGAUUUGCUGCGGUUGAAGGUGAGGCGGAAUGAGGUUGCGGGUGCGACGUCGGUGCUACGAGAUAUUUUGCAGGAAAGGGCGGAGAAGGUUGAGAAGGCUGGGAAACGGAAAAACUGGGUGCAUGAGUAUGGUGUGCGGGUUGGAGUGAGUAUUUGCUGA